ACUCACGAAGAAGAUUUUUUCCGGAAGCUACUUUUUUGUGAGCACGCGGUGUGUCCGGCCUUUCCAACAGGGCAGCGAGAAGGAACAUGGCCAAGAUCAAGGCUAGAGAUCUGCGGGGCAAGAAAAAGGAGGAGCUGCUGAAGCAGCUGGACGAUCUGAAAAAUGAACUGUCCCAGCUCCGUGUGGCCAAAGUUACCGGUGGAGCCGCUUCCAAGCUCUCUAAGAUCCGUGUUGUUCGUAAGUCCAUCGCAAGAGUCCUGACUGUAAUCAACCAAACACAGAAGGAGAACCUGAGGAAGUUCUACAAGGGUAAGAAGUACAAGCCCCUGGAUCUGAGACCCAAGAAGACCAGAGCUCUGCGCCGCCGGCUCAACAAACAUGAAGAGUCUCUGCGAACCAAGAAACAGCAGAGGAAAGACCUCCUCUACUCCAUCCGCAAAUUUGCAGUGAAAGCUUAGAGGCUUUUUCUAUUGAUAAAAAUAAAAUCUGUGUAAAAGACA